AUGAAAAAAAAAAAUAUUAAAUCGGUUAACUUAAUUCCAGAAGAUUUCAACAAUAAUAAUAAUAAUGCAUAUAAAAAUAAUAUUCUAUCAAAUAGUAAUUGGUUUUUAACAAAUAAAGAAACAAGUGAAACUUUUAAAAAUGAAGUGAAAUGUGAUGAGAAUAAAAAUAUUAUGAAUAAUGAAUAUUAUGAUAAAAAAAGCGACUUGAACAAAAAUAUCGAAAAAAAAAAUAUUACAAGUGAAAUUAAUAAAUAUUGUAAUUUCAACACUAUAAAGAAUAACAGUUAUUCAAAAAAAGUUAAAGAUCAAGUUACGAGUUAUUUUCGCGCAUGUAAGCAAAGAAAUAAAAAAAAUAAUACAUUGCAUUUACUCGAUAUGCGUAAAAAUAGAAAAAAUAUGAUUUGUAAUGGUUUUAUGAAUAAGUAUCGUUUGUAUAAAAAAAUGAACUUUAAGAGUAAAAAUAUUAAAAAAAAAAAAAAAUUUCUAAAAAAGUAUACAAUUGAUAAUAAUAUAAAAGAGAACAACAAUUAUAGUAAUUUCAAAGAUAAUUUUAUCAAAGGCAAAAAUGAUUCUGAACAAUUUAAUGAGAAUACAAAUUUCGAUUUUUACUGCAACGAAGUAGAAAAUAAUAAACUUUUAGAUGACGAUUAUUUAAAAAAUAUAGAUAGAAAAAAAAAUAUAAAUUCAAAAAUAAAAAAAAAUACUUUUAAUUAUCUAAAAACUGAAAAUACUAAAAAAGAUAAAAAAGAAAAUUUAACUAUAGAUGAUACUAACAAUUUACUCAAACUAAGCUCUUCCAAAUGUAUUAAUUGGGAAGAAAAAAAUAAUAAUUUUAAUUCAUCAUUUCAUAAACACGAUUAUACAAGUGAUAAUUUUCCUCUUCAUUUAAAAAAAGAACAAAUAUAUGUCGAACUUUUUAAUAAAAAAAAAGUAAAAAAAAAAAAAAAUAAAAUAAAAAGAAGAAACAGUAAAAAAUUAAGUUCCACAAUGAUUAUCUCUAGUGAUAAAGAAAAAGAAAAAAUUAAUAUGUUUAAUAUGUUGAAUGAAAAUAAGAAUGUUGAUGUGUAUACUGACAAUGAUGAGAAACAGUAUGAGCAUGCAAAAAAAAAAAAAAAUAAAGAAAAAAUAAAUUUAGAUCAAAAAAAUCUUCCUAAUAAAAAUAUAAACGAAAUCAUUAAUAAUCGAGAAAAACAGUUAGAAUAUUUUAAAAGGAAUAAUCAAAAUGGAAAAUUAGAAAAAAAAAAAUUUUCAAAAGAAAAAAGCAGAAGAAUAUUUGACAAUCAGGUAGAUAUAACAUUUAAUUCUGGUACUUAUAAAAAUACUUUAAAUAUAGUUAAAAAUGAAGUACAACAAGAAGAAACAUGUUGGAAUAAAAAGGAUAGCAAAAUAAACUUCUACAUAAAAGAAAACAAAGACGAUUUAUCAGAUAAGAAAAAAAAUGGAUUAGAUAAAAUGCAUCAUCAUAUUAUUCAAAAUUCAUUAAAAAAUCAGGAAAAUUCUUCAAUUUCUAUAAUAGAUAACAAAAGCAAAAAGAAAGAAAUGAAUUACACGCCACUAUAUGAAAACAAUUAUUGUAAAAAGAAAUAUAUCUCAAACAAUAGCCCUAUUUUAUUAAAAAACAUCAAAGUAGAAUCAGAAGAAAAUGAGAACAAGAAUAAUCAGGAGAAUGAAAAGGAUAAAGGAAGUAAAAAUGAAAUGGAAAAAAACUAUCAAAAAAAAAAAAAUUUAUUUACAGAAUUCAGUAAACAGAACAAUGAAAGUGCUGCAGAGAAUAUAAAUGAAAUUAUUUCAAAGACAAAUGAAGGAAAAGAAGAUAUUCAUUAUAAUAAUAUAAAAGAAAAACAAGCAAAUGCAUACAUUAAUAAAAUAAUAAAAGAAAAAGAGAAAACAGAAGAGAAAGAAGAAAAAGAAAAUAAAGAAAAAAAUAGUAAAAUUUACUUCAAAGUUAAUGAAUUAGUCAAAGAAAGAGGAAAGAUUAAUGAAACAAAAGAGAAUAUUGAUAAUUAUAUUGAAAAAAAUAAGGAAAAAGAGAAUAAAAAAGACGAAUUUAAUAGUUUUAAAAAAGAAAUAAAUGAUUAUGAUAAAAAAGGUGAAAUUAAUGAGGAAAAUAAAAAUGAAAAAAAUUUUGAAAACGAUGAAAGAUACACAAUAAGACAAGAAAAUAAAAUAUUUAAAAAUCAUAUAUCAUCAGAAAUAGAAAUUAUAGCAAAUUUAGAAAAGAUAGAUUAUAAUGAAAAAUUAAACGAACAAAAUAAAAAAAAUUUUAAUAAAGAAAAAAUGGAAAAAUUAAAGAGAAAUGAUGAUAUAGUAAUUGAAAAAAAUAAUUUAAAGAACAAAAAUAAAAGAGAUAAUGAUUUAGAUAAAAAAGAAACACCUUAUAGUAUUGAUGAACAUAAUAACGGAAAUGAGGAUGGGAUUAUUAACGAGGAAAUCCAAAAGUAUAUUAACUAUAUAAUGGAAAAUGAUGAUAUUGAUAUUUCUAAAAUAAAUAUAAAGGCUAAGAGGAAUCAUUUUAAAAUAACAUUUUUUCUAAAUCAAUAUAUAUUAAAACACGAAGAUUUUAAAAAUAGUGAUUUAUUGUUUUGCUUUGGUGAAUCAAGCGAAGAAGAAAUUCUCUCAGAAAAAAAUUCAAAGAAAGACAGAGAAUUGGAAUUCAAAAAAAACAAUGAACUUCCAAUAAAUAAAAAAAAAGUAAGACAACAAAAAAAUAGAAAAAUAAAUUACGAUGCUGUUGAUACUAUGUGGCAACCCCAUUUUCAUCCUCAUAAUCAAGAAUUUCGAGUUAGAUAUAGAUAUAAAGGAAGUAUGAGGCUAAAAACAAUUUCUUGUAAAUAUUUUGGUUAUUUAAUUAGUAAAAAAAUAUCCAUUUUAUUUUUAUUCAGAUGGAUAUUAUGUGGAAAGUACAUUGCAGAAAAGACCAAAAGAUCAAGACUAAGUAUUAGUGAUAUAAAUGAAAAUAAAUUACAAGAGCUUUUAACAAAAAAAAAAAAAAAAAAAAUGUCCCACGAAAAUGAGGAAGAAAUAAAUGAAGAAAGUAAAGAAAAAAAUACAAAAGAAUUUUAUAAAGAUAUAAAUAAAAUUAAUAAUUUUCUUUUAAAUAACUAUAAGGAUGAGAAUUUUCUUAAUAAAAUAAAAAAUAUCAUAAACAAUUACGAUAGCAAACAAAACAAGGAGGAUUUAUUAGACAAGUUGAACGAGUGCUUUUUAGAUAAUCUUUUUACAAUUAAAGAAGAAACAUCUUUAAAAUAUUUAAAGAAUGAAAAAAAAAUAGAGCAUUAUAAUAAUAAUGAUAAUAAUAUUCAUAAUAAUAAUUAUACUGAUAAUAAUAAUGAUAAUGGAGAUUAUAAUAAUAAUAAUAAUAAUAAUAAUAAUAAUAAUAAUAAUAAUAAUAAUAAUAAUAAUAAUAAUAAUAAUAAUAAUAUCAACAACAACAAUAAUAAUAAUAAAGAUAUGAAUAAUAAUAUUAAUAAUAUUAAUAAUAAUAAUAAUAAUAAUUAUCGUAAUAAUAAUAACAAUAAUAUUAAUAAUAAUAUUAAUAAUAAUAAUAAUAAUAAUAAUCAUAAUAAUAAUAAUCAUAAUCAUAAUCAUAAUUAUAAUAGUAAUAAUAAUAAUAAUAAUAAUAGUAGUAAUAAUAAUAAUAAUGAUAAUGGUAAUAAUAGUAAUAAUAAUAAAAAUUUUAAUAUUAAUAAUAGUAAUAAUACUAAUAGCAAUACAAAUAUUAAUGCUUAUACCAAUAUUAAUACCAAAACUAAUAUUAGUACUGAUGCUGAUACUAAUUAUAAUAAUAAUAUUAAAACUAUUAUUACUAAUAAUAAUAAUGAUAAGGAUAAUAAAAAUAACAGUAUUAAUAGCAUUGGUAGUAAAAGUAAUAACGAUAAUAAUGGUGUUAAUAAUAUUAAUACUUGUAAUCGUUAUAAUGAUAAUAAUAAUAAUGUUAUCUAUAAUAAUAAUAUUGAUAAUAUUAAUAAUAAUAAUAAUAACAAUAAUAACAAUAAUAAUGAAAAAGUCAUUUUUUUCAAUCCAUCUAGAAAAGAACAUCCUUUAAAAGGUAUCAAUAAUAAUAUAAAUAAAGAAAAUAUAAAUGCAAUAAAAAAAACAUGUAGUAAGCAAAUAUUAAAAGAUGUAAUAAAAACAAAAGGAAACAAAUCAUAUAAUAAGGAUAUACUAAAUAAUUUCCAUAUAUCUGAUUGUGACAGUAAAGAAUUAAAUAAUGAAAGAAAUAAAAAUUGUAUAAAUAAUAAAACUAAAACACAGAAAAGUAGUAUAACUAAUUUUGAUAGUUUUCAAAGUAAUUGUAGUAAUAAUAGUAACAAAUAUAAUGAUUACGAUAACAAAAAUGAUGUCAUUAAAAAUAAUAGUAUUAUUAAUGAAAAUAAAAGUAUUACAGACAAUUCUGAUCCUUUUAAAAAUUCAUCUCUUAAUAAUUUAAAUCAGCCUUCUUUAAAUUUAGAGAAAUUAUCCAGUAAAAAUGAAAUCAAUGAAUUUAAUAACUCACUAAUAGAACUAAAGAAAUCAAUAUAUAUAAAAAACAAAAUUAACAAUUUAGAUAAAAUAAAGUAUUCUAGUAUUAAUGACAAAUUUAUAGAAUUAUUAAAUAAAGAAUCUGUUUUAAAUAGUUUUAAAUUGAAUAAUAAAACAUGUCAUAAAAAUUCUAAUGGAGGUAAUGCUUAUUUAUAUGCUAUUUACUGUGCAAAUAAAUAUAAUAUAAGCAAAAACAUUUCUUAUGAUGUUAAAGAUAACUCAGAAAUUUUAAAUGACUCUUAUUAUUACAAAAAUCAGAAAAAUAUGUUUUACAACAGUAAUAACAGUAAUAAUACAAAAAGAUUAAGUAACGUUUCAACAUGCCCAAGUUUAUGUAAAAACAGUUCUUCGUUAUGUUCGAUUUUACCAGAUGAAAAUUGUUGUAUAUGUUGUUCUCUAUCUAAUAAAAAAAAUAAAUGCAAUAAGGAAGUUAUUAACGAAGAAAAUUAUUUAAAAGAUCAAUUAAAAAAAAAUCAAUUAAAUUUAAUAGAAACAUGUGAAUUAUUUCAUUCGUUCUCAGACAAGUCUUCAAAGUUAAAUUCUUCAGAAAAAAAUUUAUUUUAUGAAAAAGAGGAUAAUAAUGUAAUUUAUAGAGAAAAUAAUAAUAAUAACUUUUUUCCGGAUAAUUUAUCAUAUGAUUAUAUGAAUAAAAUCAUUUUUAAAAAUGAUAAUAAAGUUAACAGUGAAUGUGAUUAUAAAAAUUGUAAUAACAAUUUUAUCUCAUCUAAUGAUUCUUUGUCUCCUAAAAAUGAUAUUAAAAAUAAUAAAAAGGAAAAUAAAAAUUAUAUUUUUAGUACAAAAAACAAAACCUUUUCUAAUGAGAAAAUAAAUAACUUUAAUGAAAUCUUUCAAGAAAGUAAAAAAUUAAAUCAAAUAAAAUGUGAUACUUUUAAUAAUAUCAUUAAGAUUGUAUUACCUGAGAGAAAAGAUGAUUCAAAUUGUUUUUACUGUUCUUAUAUUGACAAUAUAAAUGAUGAAUUUAAAAAGGAAAACAAAAAUGUAUGCACAACGGAUAAAUGUAUAGAGGGAGACAGUGUUCCGUUUUUUCAGAAUAAUAAGAUGGAUGUCGUAAAAGAAAAUAAAAAUAAUUAUUGCUGUGAAUAUUGCAAUUUUUAUAAUAAAAUUUUUAUUUUAAAUGAAGAGAAAUUGUUAAAUGAAGGAAAUAAUGAAAAUAAAAUGAAUAAUGAAAUAAAAAACUAUGAAACGAAUGGCAACGAAACUACCUUAAAAUAUAGCAAAAAAGAUAUUGCUGAAAGUAAAGAAAAAUUCAAGAUUUACAUUAAUGAUAAUGGGGACGAAGAUGCUAAUUAUAAUAAUGAGAAUAAUUGUGUUACUGGUAAUGAUAUUAAUAAAGUAUAUAUCGAUAAUGAAAUGAAAAUAAAGGAUAUAUAUAAUUUUGAAGGAAAGGAUUAUAAAAUAAGCAGAGGAGAUGAUGAGAUAAAAUGUAGUAUGAAUAACGAUAUUGAAAAUAGCAUAGAAAAAUUUAUUAAAAAUAAUAUUAAUAAUAAGAAAAGGAGAAUAAUGAAUAUUUUUUUUCAUGAUUUAUUUGACUCUAAAAAAAAUAAUAACAUUAAUAAAGAAAAUCACAGUGUUAUAUCUGAAAAUGUAAAAGAAAAAGAACAAGAAAAGAAUAAUAUAAUCAGAAAUUGUCAAUAUAAAAAAAACAAUUUAAAUGAAGAAUAUCAAAGCAUGUAUUACAAUAAUGCAUAUAAUAAUUUUUUGAAAAAAGAUAUUAAAGGAGUUGAAAAUAACUACAAAAAUAAACUUGAAGCUUAUAAUAAAUCAAAUUUAAUUAUUAACGAAAAAAGUUUCGAGUUAAUAAAAAAUUUUAUUAAGGAAGUUAAAGAAAAAAAAUACAUUAAUAGCAGAGAUAAUAAUAAUAAUAGUGAUAAUGAAAAUAAUCAUAGAAAUAAUAAUAAUGAAAAUAACAUUUUAUGUUAUAAUGGAUCAUUAAAAUCAAAUUUCAAUAAUUCAAAAAACGGAAAUAAAUUUAAUAAUUUAUUAAUUAAUAAUUCUACAAAUAAUAAAUGUGGCAACAUUGAAGAUAAUAGAAUAAAAAAAUUACCCAUAUCUUUAAAUAAAAAAAUGAAAUGCCAAGAAAAUAUAAUACAAAGUGGUAACAACAAUUUAAACGAAAACCAAGAUAGAUAUAAAAAUAAAAAUCAUUUAAAAACUGAAAAUUCUUCAUGUGUAAUUGAUAAUCUUAAUUUUUUAAAAGAAAAUAAUAUAAAUGAUUAUAUUAAAUCAUUUUACCAAUUUAAAAAUAACAUUUUUGAUUCAUGUAAUAAAAAAGAUGUUUGCUGUAAGCAACAUAUUUUUGAAAAUUAA